GGGCGCGGCAGUGAGUUGCAGACAAAAGGCGCAGUCUAGCCGGAGAAUUCCACCGGAGAUUUAGAUCUCCCCAAAGACACCGCAGCCAUGGCUAGGGGUUUGAAGAAACAUAUGAAGAGGCUCAAUGCGCCGAAGCAUUGGAUGCUUGAUAAACUUGGUGGUGCUUUUGCUCCUAAGCCAUCGUCAGGACCUCACAAAUCUAGGGAGUGCUUGCCUUUGAUUCUCAUUCUCCGUAAUAGGUUGAAGUAUGCCUUGACAUACCGUGAGGUGAUUUCCAUCUUGAUGCAAAGACAUGUGCUUGUUGACAACAAAGUCAGGACUGACAAGACCUACCCAGCUGGUUUCAUGGAUGUUGUUUCUAUUCCAAAGACCAAUGAAAACUUCCGUCUUCUCUAUGACACAAAAGGUAGAUUCAGGCUACACUCAAUCAGGGAUGAGGAGGCAAAGUUCAAGCUAUGCAAGGUUCGUUCAGUCCAGUUUGGCUCAAAGGGCAUUCCUUACAUCAACACAUAUGAUGGCCGAACCAUCCGCUACCCAGACCCUCUCAUCAAGGCCAACGACACCAUUAAACUUGAUUUAGAUUCAAACAAGAUUGUUGAUUUCAUCAAGUUUGAUGUGGGAAAUGUUGUUAUGGUGACUGGUGGACGAAACACAGGCCGUGUUGGAAUCCUUAAGAACAGGGAAAAACAUAAGGGCAGCUUCGAGACAGUUCACAUUCAGGACGCUACUGGCCAUGAGUUUGCCACCCGUUUGGGAAAUGUGUUCACAGUCGGAAAGGGUACAAAGCCGUGGGUGUCUCUUCCCAAGGGUAAGGGUAUCAAGUUAACCAUCAUUGAGGAGGCUAGGAAGAGGCGGGCUGGCCAAGAUCCUGUUGCCUAGAUUGCGUUAUUUGGUGUUCUGUUCUUGCAGGUUUGUGGGAAGUCCUUUUUCUUGCUUUAAGUAUGGUACAAUUUUGAACCUAUGUUUUGAUGUUACAAGUUAUGUGAGACUCUUCGUUAGUUAAUUUUAUUACAAAAUGGUUAACUUUUCUUAAAA